AUGAAGGUACCAAAACUGGGCAAGCCUGAUCGACAGGGCCCCGGAACAGAGCGAACGAUGUCGACCGAGUCUAAGACAGGCCACAACCAUGAUCCAGAACCGAGACAGGAGGACGUAACCAACGCGGCAGACGUGGACGUCCCGCCAGACGGAGGUUAUGGUUGGGUUUGUGUUGCAGCGGUGGCUAUUAUAAACGGCCACACAUGGGGCGUCAACAGUUCAUAUGGCGUAUUUCUUUCCCAUUAUUUGGAGGAUAGUAUGUUCCCCGGCGCAACUCCCCUCGACUAUGCUUUCGUAGGCGGUCUCUCCAUCUCAAUGGCAUUGAUUCUCGCCCCGGUGGCAACAAUAUGUGUAAGGAAGUAUGGGACAAGACCAACCUUAUCCAUUGGGAUACUUCUUCAAACGGCGGGAUUGCUCGGCGCCUCGUGGGCAACCCAGACAUGGCAUUUGUUUCUGUCUCAAGGCGUAGGCUUUGGCUUGGGUAUGGGAUUCCUCUUUGUAGCGAGUGUCGGUAUUGUUCCCCAGUGGUUCUCCAAGCACCAGUCAUUCGCAAACAGUAUUGCGGCGGCUGGGAGUGGAAUCGGAGGGCUGAUGUAUUCUUUGGCUACUGGUGCUAUGAUCAAAUCUAUUGGCUUGGAUUGGGCCUUCCGAGUUCUCGCGAUCGUCACGUUCGUCGUCAAUACUAUCUGUACAAUUAUCGUCCGAGAUCGCAACAAAGCUGUGGGCUCAAUACACAUUGCUUUUGAUGUGCGACUGUUUAAACGCGUAGAGUUCCUAUUGCUGCUUGGCUGGGGCUUCUUCAGCAUGCUUGGCUAUAUAGUGCUUCUCUUUUCGUUGCCUAAUUAUGCUAGAAGUGUUGGUCUUUCUGCGAAGCAGGGCUCGGUCGUUGGAGCUGUGCUGAACCUUGGGCAAGGACUUGGACGCCCAUUUGUUGGAUACUUUAGUGAUGCAUUUGGUCGCAUUAAUAUGGCCGGUUCAUGUACAUUCCUCGCGGGAUUGUUCUGCCUUGUCAUUUGGAUCUUCGCUAAAAGCUAUGGAGUAUUGGUCUUCUUCGCGCUGCUGGUCGGUACAGUAUCAGGAACAUUCUGGGCAACCAUCGGGCCCGUCGGCGCCGAGGUGGUAGGAAUACGACUCCUCCCCUCUGCUCUCUCAAUAAUGUGGCUCGCCCUAGCCUUGCCCUGCACAUUUUCCGAGCCCAUCGCGCUGGAACUGCGCACCACUACCGGCAGUAUCUACCUGCAUGCCCAGAUAUUUACCGGGUUUAUGUACAUUGGUGCUGCGGUAUGUGCUUGGUUCUUACGAGCCUGGAAGGUUCGUGAGCUUGAGGGGCUGGCGGCCAAUAAAGAGGCCAGGGAGCGGGAGAUUAGGGAUGAUGAUGCAGUACCGAGAGAUGGAGGAGAUGGGCUUGAAAGACACGUUAGUAGAGUGAGCACGCUGCAGGCUGCGAAGGGGCUGUGGUCGUGGCAGCGUGUCUAA